CAUGUACAAAUACACAUCAUGUACAUCAUGUAUGUUUCCAGAAAAGACUGUCAUGUAAACGUAGAUUUGCAGACGACUUUUCUUGUUUUGUGGCAUUAAUCUAAAAUGCCAAAUGGUGACUUAGUGACAAUAACACACUGCACAAAAUGGUGCCUUUCUGGUUUCAAGGGGCCAGGCGGAUACUUUUGGCAGUGCUUCUUUUGUGUGUUUGUAGACAGUCUGUGACUGAAACUGCACACAAUCAAGAGGACAACAAACCCAACGAGGAUGUUGAUAAACAACCUGCCGUCAAUGUGCAGCAACAUCAACAACAACAAGAUGUCAACAACAACAACAACAUUGAUCAACAGGUGGGGGAAGUGGACGCAAAACCUGCCGACGGCGAGACCCAAACACCGUCAUCGUCACCACCAGCUGAUCGUGGUGCUCCUAGGGCAGGAUUCAAUGAGGACGAACCAAAGGCGAGGAGAGGAUGGGCGGAGCUUCCAAACGAUGAGGGUGGGCCAGAUCAUGGGAUGAAGGAUGAAGAUCAGGAAAGCUUGCCAAAUGAACCCAUUGCCAGUGGAGGCACUUUUCAAGGAACAGUCAGCCAAGUCAUCGAGCUACCCUACAUCAAGAAGUCAACUGAAGAGGAGCUUAGUUCCGAUGAAGAACAGUUGGUAGGUCUUGUUCCUGGCACUGAUAGUGAUGUUAUACAAGAAGACAAAGUCCUGGAGGCAACAGAAGGAGAUGGUUCUCCAGAAAGCAUUCAAGAUCCUUGGAAAGAUUCGGACGGCACAGCUGCGAUAGAUUCAGGCCUACUUUCCCCUAAUGAGGAGGAAGUGCCUGGUCUGGAAGGAGAGCCUGACACAAGGACAGAGCAAAUUAAUCGAGAAGCCUCUUCCGAGAAACUCAACAACCUUGCCGCCUCGCAGUCGACAGACUCCAUCGAGGAGGCUGAAGAAGAAUCCUCAUCCCAGCCACCCAAGUCGGAAGAUGAAGCUUCCUCAGAGGUGAAAGAAGAUCCAGCUGAGGCUGUUGUACAGGGAGAUACAACUGGUGUCGACACUGAGACUGAUCCUAGCUCCAAGCUAGUUGAAGGUACUUCCCAAGGAGAGGACUCCAAUGAGGGAGCGAUUGCUACGGAUUCUGAAGCUGUUGAGGAGGAUCUUCAAGAUGUUGUGAAGGAGGAGCAGCCUAAAGAGGUUUCCUUAGAAAUAUUUAAAGACACAGACAGUGAAAUUGAAGUCACUCCUGAUAGUGAGCUUGAUGAGGUUGAGGAGAAUCUUGGGGAGGAGAGGACGGUAGACGGAGAGGAGAAAGUAGAAGACAAAGAUGCUGUCCUAGAAAGAGACAUUGGAGAGCAAGGCAAGGACCAAGCCCCAGGACUUGUUAAAGAGGAAGAUGCAGUCAAGGAGGAUGGGAAGACGCCUACCCCAUCUAAGAAAGAAGAAGUUGAGGAUAUGCCGUCAUUUGAUGAGUGGAAACAGAAGAUGUUGGAAGAAGAGAAAGAGCGACAGCAAGGUCAAGCAGGCCAAGGUGCUGUAGCUCCACCCCCUCGUCCAUUCAGCCUGACGGAGAACAGUAAGAACCACGCCUCCUCAGACUGUGGAGCUAAGAUCCUCAACGUCAACAAAGGGGCUCAGAAUGCCCCUGCUAUCCUACAAUCCAAUAGGGAUGUAUACACCUUGAAUCCAUGCACAGCUAAUAUUUGGUUUUCUGUGGAGUUGUGUGAGCCUAUACAAGUAAAGCACCUUGAAAUAGCAAACUAUGAACUUUUCUCGUCCGUACCCAAAAGCUUUCGGGUGUCCAUCAGUGACAGAUUCCCAACCCGUGAGUGGCGACAAAUCGGCACAUUCCACGCUCGUGAAGAGCGGUCACUGCAGAGCUUUCCCGUCCACGAGGAGCAGAUGUUCGCCAAGUACAUGAAGAUUGAGAUGUUGACGUUCUUUGGCAGCGAGCAUUAUUGCCCACUUAGUAUUCUCAGAGUGUUUGGCACAAGUAUGGUUGAAGAGAUUGAUGACGAGAAUAUACCAGAACAUGGACUUAAUGGGGAGACAGAAGUGUUACCAGCCCACCCUGCGCAGGUACAUGAAGAUGAUAACAGUAGUUUACUGCAGAGUGCCAAGGGGCUGGUACGGAACAUCAUGAACGUUAUCACUGGGAAUGGAAACAAUAAAGCUGCACCACACUGUGAUAAUGAGAACUCAUCGUGUGGAGUUGGUGAUAAGAUGCUGCCAUGUUUGCCCGGAGAAGAACCUGACAAAGAAAAUGCAACUUUAUCAAUGAUGGGUAAAUCUCAAGGAAGUAGCCAGUGUCUGUUCAGAAGCAUGUUCGAUUUUAGCGUGGACAAUAAAUGGUUCCAGAAGGAGUGCAGCGGCUCACGGUGGUGCUUCAGCCCAAACUACGGCCAGCAUUUCCAAGAUUGUUGUAUAAAAGACAUCUACACUUCUUCACAUAGCAUUAAUUCAUUUUUAUAUUGCAAAGACGCCAUGCAUCUACCGCUGUACCGCAGCGUGCGGACGCAGAAGCCUCUGGUCGUCAGUAAAAACUUGUUGCUGGAGUCCCACGAGGAGACGCUUCAUGUCGGGGACUCGAAGACAAAAUACCAAAGACACAUAGAUGUCGAGGUGGAGGUGACUUCUGUGAAGUCGGAAAAGGACCACCUCAGACGCGCCGAUCAGGAUGAUAAGGAUCCCGCUAAAGAGGGGGUAAAACCUAGUGGUGCUUCAACUCCAAUCCCCUCCAAACCUAUUAAGAGACACACAGAGUCGCAACUGAAACCCAGCAGCUCCCCGCCGGCAGUCAAAGCAGUUUCUGCGACCCCAACACCAGCUCUGACAACCACCUGCGGAAUGCUACCCUCAGAUCAUCCUAAGAUCCAGACCAUCCCUCCUCUGCCUAUCCAACCUACAAUUGCUCAAAGGGGCAAUGAGGUCCAAGGAGAGAGUGGUGCCAUCAUCGUAGAACCUGACCCUGGGAAAGGGUCGGAAGCCGGGAGGCAACAAGAGGUCGAGGAGAAGCCCUCUCAGGAAGAGGUUAAAUUGCCAGUGCUUGAACUCGACGAAGACCAAGAACUAGAGGAUACUAUUGUAAAAACUCUGGAUGAAAUACCGACUCCCAUGGAGCCUAAACAUGCUAAAGCACCGAGCGACACCGCAGCUCUGAACGACAUCCGAGCAGAUCCUCUGAACCUACCGGAUGAGAGCAGGAAAGCCGACAGCACAGGGAAGGACCCCAGCACCAAGACCGCAACUCCAGAUGAAGCAGCAAAAACUAUGAAAGCAGAACCCGUCCUGAAGAGUCCUGAGACUGUUAAACUGGACUCUUCAGGAAAGGGGUCCAAGCUGCCGUUGGAGUCCGGGGGUACCGGAGCAGGGAUCGGGUCCAUGGGUGCGACACAAAAGGAGUCCGUCUUCAUGAGGUUGAAUAAUCGCAUCAAGUCGUUGGAGUUUAAUAUGUCUUUGAGCAGUAGAUACUUGGAGGAACUCAGUCAGCGAUAUCGGAAACAGAUGGAUGAGAUGCAGAAAGCGUUUAAUAAGACAGUACAGACACUGACAGACAAUGCCCAGAAAGCUGAAGAAAAGGACCUGAAGCAGCAGGAAUAUAUCACCCGUCUUGAAGGUCAGAUGUCAGAGGUCAUGUCCAGUAUGGAGACGACAACCCACAGAUUAGACUCCCUUCAUAGAGAGGUUAUCGAGCGCCACCUCUUCCUCAUGUUUCUUGAGAUCUUGCUGAUGUGUUUUCUCUUCCUGAUCUGCAUACGACGAAUACGCAAAGAGAGACGCAAGCUGGAGGUGACCAUUCCGUCACUCAUCAAGGCAAACGAUAGCGGAGGGAGGAGACAGUCGCUCCCAACGGCUAAAUCCAAAGACGUACGCAACAACAAUAUCCUGCCUGGAGGGCGCCCUCGCAGGCGGACAGUGUCAGGUGGAAGCUGUGAUGAUCUCCUCAUUAUCGGUCCAACACUCCCCAUCAAGAAGACAGAUGCACCCCCACCACCACCACGCAACAAACCAAAGGCCAAACCGCGGCACCGAUCAACAUCAAAAAGUUCAUCGACCUCUGGACUACACAAAAAUCGGUCGCACCUCCCACCGAACAAACCUUCCAUAAUGUCACCCGCCGGUCUACUCUUCAGAGGGUCCGCUUUAAAAAGGGACCGUGCCUCCCCUGAGCUCCCCACCAUGCCCUUACACAGAACGUUCAGUGCUGAGAACCUUAAGAGUCGUGUGGAGGAGGUCAAAGGGGGAGCUCCCCCUAUGAAACAACAUUCCAAAGCCGGGGGUAAAAACGCGGGGAAAAAGCACGGGUUGUGGAUGAGGAGGUAACAGAACAUUGAGGUAAGCUUUUAAAAAAAACAAAUCAGUAACGUGUGCCAGGAAGUGGAUAAUUAUUAUAUUAAAAGAUGCAGUGUUUUUUAAAAUGCUUCAACAUCAUACAUGUAUUUAAUAGAUGUUCAAUUUGCAACGGGGAUGUAGAAUAGGAUUACCCUCACACCAAUGUGUGUUAUCGCUGUAUACUCAGUACUUUUCCAAAGUUCUGUGAAAACAAAAUCACAGGCAUAUU